CUUCGACUCAUUCUUGUGCUACUGGCAACCAACGCAGCUUUCGAUUCCAAAGUAACCACCAGUGUCUUGAGAGAGGCUCCGCUCAAUUUCUUCCCCUUCAAUCUAUCAUCAACAAGAGAUUAUAUUGUCCAAAUCUAGUCCACGUGGCUCCCGAUCCAUUGCCGCAAUGGUGGUUUACUCCUUCUACAUUUUUGAUCGUCAUGCUACAUGUAUAUACAAACGCCGCUGGCUCCCACGUCCUACCUCCAUCGUAGGCAAAUCGUCACGGCCGAACUCCGAGACCCCUACGGUCACCAAUGGACUUUCAAGUAUCCCCGGUCAAUCCGCACGAGCUGCAGAUGAUGACGCGAAGUUGAUUUUCGGCACGGUAUUUUCUCUCCGGAAUAUGGUUCGAAAACUGGGGGGGGAGGAUGACAACUUCGUUACAUACCGCACCAGCCAAUAUAAGCUUCACUAUUACGAAACGCCAACAAACAUCAAAUUUGUUAUGCUUACGGAUCUCAAGAGCCCGAGUAUGCAGGUUGCGCUGCAGCAGAUCUACAUCAAUCUUUACGUCGAAUAUGUUGUAAAAAACCCGUUGUCUCCUGUAGAGCAUCCCGGUGGGAUUGGGGUUAACAACGAGCUUUUUGAGGAGUCGCUGGAGCAGUUUGUGACUCGCGUCCUUUCUUAAUAUCACACCAACCCCUGGAUACAAUCGGUUCCAAUCGCUGCACGCUCUGAUCUAGGAUUUACCCUACGACCAGACCAGCACCGCAAACAAAUACCUGGCAAAGGCCAGGCUCUUGAAUUGCGCAAGACCACGCCGCAGCUAUAUCCGUUCGACGACUGCGAAUUUCCCAACACAGUACUCAAUAAGUCGAUGUUCUAAUCGGAUAUUGUCUCUACGUUAUAUAUAUAUAUGCGCACGGUCCAAGCAACACGCCAUUAAGCUUCAGCUUGAAGCGAGCCUCCAAUCGAUUCGUGGAACUCAUGACUCCAUGGCUACUUUCUACACCUGUGUAGCUCUCACCCAAGCUAUUCACCUCUCUCCGAAUACCUACUUCUCGGUUUAACGAUUGUACAUACCAUAUUAUGAAUUAUAUUAAUAUUUAGAAUAAAAUAU